AUGUCCAACGAGCGAGCGGUGGGUUACCUCACACAACUCAUUGGCAAGACUCUGCGUAUCACCGUAACGGACAACCGCAUGUUUGAAGGCCAGAUGAAGUGCACUGAUAGGGACCGCAACGUCAUCCUGGCACUUACCCACGAGUAUCGUCCUCCAUCGGAAGAGGCUAUCAAAAAGGCCAUCGCGGAAUCUGGCAGUUCAUCCGUCACUCUGCCGCACUCUAGCCGAUUUAUGGGCCUUGUCGUUGUCCCUGGGGAGCAUAUCACGAAGAUUGAGCUAGAGGACCGCAGUCUCAACCAACCGCCAGUACUAUGA